AUGCCGCACAUACUCAUCGCCUUGAGUCGCGGCUCAGAGAUGCGAGCCCCGGGGCUUUCCCUGCCACCAUCCCACUUUUCUACUCCAAAGUCAGACCCGUCGAGGGAAACAGCGAAUCACUUGGUCUCCGGCGACAAUUCUCAGAGUUCUCGCUGGAGUCCAUCCGGCGGCCACAACUCACUCCAGGGAACUUUUCAAGGCGCAGGAUUGGAAUCCAGAGGUCUUUACCCAGGGCCAUACUUCGACAAAACUCCGAAGGCAGUUUCGGUGCAAGUUGGCUCCCAGUCGUACCUGAUGUGCCGAGUGAAACAACUCGACGAUAAAUCGUCGAUGAAAGUAAGGGUAAUCAGAGCCGGGUUGACCACAGCAGUUCCGUCGUAUGGCUCUGUAGGGAUGACGAUACCCCUCGGGCUCAGGAUCCAUGUGGGGUUUGGCGGAUACGCGGUGAUACGUUGA